AUGGUGCACAACCACCACAGAUGGAGAGCUUUCUCUGCUCUUGACGACUGGGUCGGGAAGGAGGCGAGGCCCAUCAGCCUCCGCCAGCUCAUGGUCUUUGGCCGCUCCCUGAACGAGCAGAGGCUGAUCAGCUCUGCCAACUAUGUGAGGACAGAGUUGCCGAGGAGGAUUGCACAUCGCAUCCGGGACAUGCAGACCCUGCCGUAUUGUGUCGUUGCCAACCGUCACUUCAACGACGUCUACGAGCUGUACUACGAUGCGUUCGACAAGUUUAGGAGGGUGCCUGAGAUUCGCACGCUCGAGGAAAAUGACUCUUUCUGCCAGGCCAUCAGCACCACCCUCAAGGCGCACCUGUCGGUGAUCCCGAAGCUGGCGAUGGGCAUCCUGGAGGUGAGCGCCGACGACCUGCUCCCGGCCGAGGAGCUGGACCAGUUCAUGAACGCCAUCCUGCGCUCUAGGAUCUCCCGUCGCGUGAUAGCGGAGCAGCAUCUCUCCCUCACUGAGACCUUUUACUCACCCUCCUUCUCCCCUGGCGUCAAGGUCCCCGACAGCGAUUUUGUUGGAAAGGUGUUCCUGAAGUGCAACGCCGCCGAGGUCAUCCAGCGCUGCGGCCAGGCCGUCCUCGAUCUGGCCAGAUCGGCCUACGGCGAGGACGUCGUACUGCCCGAUAUCAAGCUCGCGGGCCACCAGGACGCCAACUUCCCCUUCAUCCUAAGCCACAUAGAAUAUAUAAUCGGGGAGCUUCUCCGAAACUCAGUCCAGUCCUUGAUCGAGCGGCAGAUACAGGAGGGCCAUACAAAACGGCCGCCCCCGCCCAUCGAGGUGACCAUCUGCGAGUCAUCAAAGCACGUCGAGAUCCGCGUGUCCGACCAGGGCGGCGGGAUACCGCGUGACGUGCUGCCCUACCUGUGGUCCUUCUGCAAGGGCCCCAAGAGCCAGCAGAUCCUCGCCAACCUGACCCACGUCCCAAGGAUGGCCGCGACUCUACAGGAGGUGCGCGUCGACCGGCCCCCCGCGAGCGAGGUCAAGGCGAGCGCGGCGACCGCGAGCUACGUGAGCUCUCUGUCGUCCCUGACGAGCAGGCCGCCGAACCUGCGCCUCGGCAUGGGCUUGCCCCUCAGCCGCAUUUACGCCGAGUACUGGGCCGGGGGUCUGGAAUUACAGAGCCUGUGGGGCUACGGCGUGGACGUGUUCCUCCAGGUGUCGAAAUUGGGCAACAAAAACGAGCAAUUGCUCACAAGAGCCAUGAUGGAUGCCGUGUAG